AUGCAGCCGGUAAGCAUGAAUUUAUCCAAUCAAUAAAUCAAUGGCGUUUCGAUUUGUAGAUUAAGUUUGGGCAGCCCAUGCAGGUCAGGCAACAGAGCUUGCCCCAAAGACGAUAUGCACAGCAGGGUGGCCCGUCCCGCUCUGGACAGCAGCCGUCUUCCUCAAUGUACGAUGAGUCUUUCACCGACAAUGUGAAUGGAGGAGAUCGAUAUUGGGAAGAUCAGCAGGGAGGACAACAGCCCGGACCAGAUAAACCAACCGGAUUGCGGCAUUUCUCGACCAAAGUAUGUGAGAAGGUUAAGGAGAAGGGACUGACCAACUACAAUGAAGUGGCUGAUGAACUUGUCUCAGAUUACUUCCAGAACAAUAUUAUGAAGCAAAUCGAUGUUGUGGUGAGUUUCACAAUAAAGAAGCCUGACAGCAAUGGUGCCUUUCAGAAACAAGAAUAUGAUAUGAAGAACAUUCGCCGUCGUGUGUACGACGCAUUGAACGUUCUGCUCGCAAUGAAUAUCAUCACUAAAAACAAGAAAGAUAUACGUUGGAUAGGACUUCCCGCUUCUGCUUCUCAAGAAAUAGCGAGAUUGGAAGAGGAGAAGGCCCGAAGAGAAGCGAGCAUCAAGAACAAAAUGGAGGCUCUUCAAGACAUGAUCAUGCAGAUAGUCGCUUACAAAAACUUGGUCAGAAAGAAUCGAGAGGAUGAACGGUUUGAAUAGCAAGAUAGUAAAACCUUUAAUUGGUUGAUUUCAGUACACUCGGUCGUCCUGAUCCCGACUCUAUCAUCCAUCUCCCUUUUUUAAUAAUAAACACGGACAAAGAGUGAGUGAUUGAAUUGCCAGCCCUUCGAGUCGAGUAAUGAUCUCAUUUCAGUGCGAAUGUCGAGUGCAGCGUCUCUGCUGACAAAUCAGAAUAUCUCUUCUCUUUUGACAAACGCUUCGAGAUACAUGAUGAUUUCGAAGUUUUGAAAAGUGGGUUCACAGCCAAAAUAUUUUUGAACGAAAAUCUGAUUGCAGAGAUGAACCUGACUUGCGGCCUAGACACAGGAAAUGCGUCCGAAGAAGACAUCCAACUGGCGAAGAGCUUCCUGCCAAAACUUCAUCAGCAUUACGUUGACGAUAUCAUAGCACGUUAGUGUAAUUAAAUUCGAUCUAUCGGAAUUUUGAUUUUUCCAGAGCGCAAGAGGGAGCAGGAAGAGAAGGAAGAGCGACAAAAGCUUAUGGAAUUGCAGACGAGUCAGAUGCAGCAGUUUUACGAUCAGACUGCUCGCAUGGAUCCUUCAAUGAACGUGAUGCCUCCCCAGACUUCUCGCUACAAUCGUCAACUCCAGGAGCAUCUGAUGAACGAUGGCACAGAGGAUCAAGCUGGUCAGUUGACUACCAAAGCGAUUGUCAGAAUACAGCCCAUUUCAGCUGCCGCUUCAAUAGCUGAAAAAGAGGACGAAAAGGAGCAUAUUCCAAUGACAAGGUGAAGUUUCCCUGGUCGUUCCUUCAAUUCAAUGAAGUAUUUUCAGAGUUCCGAUGUACUACAGUCCUCAAAAGUCGCGUCUGCCGUCCAGCUCGACAGCUCCACUUCCAGGAACCACUACGACUCGCCGUUACUUUGUUCAAAAAACAGCACAAGGAACGAUCAAGGUAGAUUGAAAUAGUUAUUCGUUAAACCGUGAAAAGUAUAUUCAGCGUGAAUUGAGCCCGGCAAUCCGUAAUAUCUCGCGUCCAUACGUGACGGCUCCAUCGGGCGAACGUCGUAUGGCGGCAGCCGGAGGAACUGUUGGAGCUCCAACCGUCAAGUAUUAUGUCUCGCAAGGACAGUCUUCUUCUUCGUCUUCCAAUCAACAGGCCCCACGAUAUGUCAGUUUGAAUGAAAAUGACAAGUUCAAAAAUUUAAUCUACAGAGAGUCCGUCCUCCUCCGCCACCGCCUGCUGCGGGUACGGCCACACAGCAGCGUGUGGUCUAUCCGGGAUCGAGUCAGGUGCCUCAAGGCCAGAGAGUCAUCUCGCAACGUGUCAUGGGUCCAGGCGGUCCACACCCACCGGGGACUAUCAUUCGGAAGGUGAUACGGAAGGUUGUUGUGAACAACAGUGGAGCGAAGCAGUCGCCUGCCCAGCAAGUGAUUCAAAAGAAGAUGAUGGAGCAAGGCAGUCAUCAGCAGCACCCGGGAACUUCCGAAAUGGUCGACCGCAAAUCAGACCAGCCGAUGACGUCAGCACAGGCCGCCGCUCUUAUUCAGCACCCACCACAGGAGGAGUAUGACUACUUCUGA